AGCAGCAGCAGCGGCGGCAGCGGCAGCAGCGGCGGUAAAAGCUCGCAGAAGGCCGAGUGACGUCUAUUUUGGUCCGCAUUGUCAGGACGGUGCCAAAAAAAUGUUUUUCCUUACACUCUCGGUCCGCUUGCGUCAGUACGAAUCACACGCCCCUCGCUAAACUAUUUUCGUAUUAUACGGUGUUGGUACAAAUGUAAUUCAUUUUUUUUUUCAUCAAUAUAUAUUAUACAUACACACACACACACACACACACAUCGAUAAUAUAAUAAAAAUAUAUAUUAUAUAUUUACGGUAUUUACGGGAUUUUAUAAACUUAUACUUGCAUAAAGUGUAUUUUAAAAAAAUAUUCGUUAUAAUUUAAGGUUUACAUACUCACGUUUUCGAUAUAAAAUUAUUAAUACGCGUGAUAUACGAACCAUACUCGAUAUACUAGUAUUUGUUUGAAUAUUUUUUUACACAUUUUUCGUUUAGAACGGUUUCCGAUUAUUUUUUUUGGAUGUCUUUUGACGAUCGCCGGCCGUCCGAGGCCAGAAGAGGUAGCAUUAGCGGAUAUCUCAACAAAAAGGUAAAACGUUUUUAUUAUUUGUUUAUUCUAAACGGGGAAGGGGAUCGGUCUAAAAUUUGCGGCCUGUUUACACGUUAUAUACCUGCCUAUAUACUUUAUAUUAAUUUUAGUACAUUAUUGCUGAAAUCGUGUGUAAAAUUAAAAAAAAAAAAAAAAUCGAAAUUUGUUAGAAUGGGUUUUUAUUUAGAUUUUGAGCAAAGUGAGGAAUUCAUUGGUUUACCAUGGUAUGCGUUUAUUUGUUUUUGUCUGUGUAAAAUUCUUUUAUCAGACAUUUUGUUUCAAUCAAAAAUUAACACAAGACCUUUUUUUUGUUACAUUUUUGAUUUAAUAAGUACAUUAAGUAGAUUAUUUUCUAAACGGUGUUAAUCAGUGGUUCAGGUGGGGGGGGGGGAGGCGGAGUCUUUCUCUUCAUUAGUACCAACAUUAUCAGCUUCCUUUAAUUUAAGUAUUCGAAGUCUGGGGAGACGCUUUAGAUAUUGUCACUGUGGGAUUUUUAAUGCAAUUUUAAAAACCUUAAUUAGUUUUAAUAAAAAUAAUUUCUUUAAUACCCAUUACUAUAUUUCUAUCAGAAUGUUUUACUAACCAGGCGUAUGCUUAGGAUACUAGAGCAGAGGGAUGGGGAGGGGUUGCAGCUUAUUUACAAACCCUAUUAGUAAAACUUCUGUAUGAAGCAAAGUGUUUGAGAGAAAAACAUUUUGGAAAUAUUUUCUCCAUGAUGGAUUUCCCGGAAGUUUUGUUAGGUUUAGUUAUUGCUUAGAUACGCCCAACAAUUUCCGGUAAAUAUAAUCCUCAUCAAAGUUGCUUCCACUUUAUCCACGGAUUUUCAUAACAAUUAGGAAAAACAGGAAAUACGUAGUAGAAAAAUGGAUCAAUUUAUGACGUUUACGAUUUGAUUUUUUAAAAUGUUUUAUACUAUCUUUUAUGCCAGAAUUCUUGCAAUGAUAUGCAAAUGCAGUGCGCUUUGCAGUAAUAUAUUAAGUAGUAAUAAUGCUACCGAAAUCUUGUAUUUCUAAUCAGUUUAAAAAUCAAUAUUAUAUAUCACGCUUUUAUAUUUUUAACAAUCCCGUUAACAAAACAAAAUUAUUAAUAAAUGUACGUAUUCUAUCACCGCAGUGAAAACUGUACCAUUCAUUUUAUUAUUUUGUGCGAUUGUGUUUAUAGCUAUACCGCUGUGUCGAGUCGACCUCGUUUUAUCCAUUAAUCUCGUAGUAAUAUUUUUACACAUUGCUACGGUAUGUAUAGUCGCACCACUUUUAUAUUUUUUAGUUCAAACGAAAAAUACAUUAUCCCCCUUGUCACCUUGAACAUACGAGUACCUAUGUGUAUUUUUGAAACAUCAUAUUAUUAUUGUUGUUUAGAACUAUUAUCAAACUAGAGAUGAAACCAUACAUUAUCAGUUCAUUCCUAUGUCGUUAAGUAGACACAAACAAUUAUAAAAAUUAAAAAAAUAAGUAUUUUUAAAAUAUUUAAAAAUAACGAUUUAAUAAUUGGCUAAUAAUAUAAUAUAAUAAACGUGUAAAAUAAAACACCUCGAGUAUACAUAAAAAAACGUUUCAAUUUAAUAUGGAUAUUUAAUAUAGGUUGUUAAUUAUAGGUAUAGGUACUGAAAGUUCGACGAUAUAUUUUUUUUAUUUAACUUCGGCUUUUAUAACACAUAUAAUAAUAUAGUUUUCAAUUUCCACAUUUCACUGUCCAUUAUUAGAUAUUUCAUCACUUCAUAUCUCCUCUAAAAAUCUCUAGCUAUUUUUUCUUUAAUUUCCAUCAUUUAUAUUUAGCUCUCCUUAUAACUACUUGACUACAUAUACUUAUAUUUCAUUGUUUUUCUUUCUCACAAAAUGCUCAUAGACACAUGCAUAUAGUUCACAGUUUUAGAAGUCUAACAGGGGUUCAAAAUUCUUUUGGAAUUUAAAAAAAAUGUUUCAAAAACUAGUAGUAAUAUUUUAAUUGUCUAAUAAAAAUAUUUAUUGGUUAAAACAGCCAAAACCUACACUUAAUGAUGAGUAAUAAGUUAAUCAUAAACCAUUCAUGUAAAUAUUCUAUACACCAGUAUAAGUAUAACCAGCUAAUUUUUUUUAUUUUAGUUAUUACCACUUUUGUAUUUAACGCAUAUACCAUAGAUAUAACCUAUGGUUUUUUAGUAUAAAAUAAAUGCAUUUUUAAAUGUUUUUUCAGUACAUUCAUAAUCGAAUUCAAAUUAUAUACACGCACCGUUAUACCAGUUUUUUUUUAAAUGAAAUUUGUUAUAAAAAUAUAAUAUACUUUCUCAUUUUACGAGUUUUUACAUUAUAAAAGUACCUAUACAUGCAUCACGAAUUCGUGAUAAAUAUAUCGAUACAGUUAUUGGUUAGAUUAAUAAAAUGAAAAUGUUUAUACGGUUAUAAUAUGGUCUAAUAUUAAUAAUGAAAAUGGUUGUAUCUACUGGUAAAAUACUGUAUACUAUACAUAUUAGUAUUUGCUCAUCUGCUGCUCCCAGGUCGUAUUAUAAUGUUGGCAAUGCCACUGGCAAUACAUUUUUUUUUUCACACAUGUCUGAAUAGUCCAUAAAAUAUGGAAUGUAUACUACUGCAGUAUACCUAUGUCCUAUAUUCAUAUAUACAUAUUUUUUUUUAACGAUGAUAAUAAUACCUUAAAAAUAAUAUGUAAAUAUUAUGAAUAUUACAUCAACGUGAUAUUUUGUUUCGUCAAUUACGUUUAACAUUUUAUUUACUUGGUUAUAUUGUGUUAUAUAAUAUAAUGUAUUAUUAUUUAUUUACUCAAUAUAUAGUUUGACCAUUUGGUUGCCGUUUAAUAUUUUCACACGCAUGUAUAGUACAAUAUUAACAUAAUAUAGGAACCUACUAAUUUUUUUCAUAAUUAUUUUUACAAUAGGUACUGGUUCUAUAAAAUGGUAACUAUUAUUAUAGGUUACCAUAGCUACUACAUAUAAGGUAAUAAUUAAAAUCAUUGAAGAAAACUUAAUGGGAUACAGAACGUUUGUUUAUUUAAAAUUGAUUCGAUCAUAAAGUAAUUAUAUUAUUUACACAUUUCAAUUAGUUUGGUAGGUAUUUUAUAGUGCAAUUAUUGUGUGGUUUACUGCAUUUAUUGUGUAAUUUUACGAAUUGUAUAGAGAGGGCUAGGAAUAUAUUUCUCUUACACCACGUUUUACAUUUUAAAAGAUUGUAGGUACCUAUAAUAUACAGUAGCAUAUAUAGGUACAAAAAAAAAAAAUCGUAUUCAAUAUUAGAUAUGCGAGUAAUUGUAUCAAACAUUAGAAUAAUAACGAUAAUUAAUAAUAAGAAAACAUGAAAUUGGUCAAAAUAUUGAAAUUAUAUCUAAUUUAAAAUUGAAAUUUACGAUAAAAAAAAUAUACAGUUGUCAUUAUACUCGCCAAAACAUAGGAAUUAUGUAAAAAAUACAAAUAAUUUGAAUAAAUAAUUUCAUUGCGCCAUUGCUAAUAACGAAGUAAUUCCAAUUUGCAAAGGCUUAUUUCGUAUUGUUUUGUUAUUUCUGCCCUUAUCACAAAAAUCAGUUUUUAAUUAUUAUACUUAUUUAUAAUUAUAUCGUUAUAAAACUUAUUAGCUAAAUGCUUUUAGUAUAACCUAUAGAUAACUUAACAAUAAAUUUUAAUAUUAAUACAUACUCUAAUAUAAUUGUAUUAUUAUAUAAUUUUUUUAUCGAUUGAUAUAAUUACAUCACAAAAGUGUGGCAUUGUUGUAUGCAAUUGAAUAAUUAAGUAAUGCUUUCAUUGUAUUUAAUAGUAUAAAAAAGCCGUGCAUUUCUAAUAUAUUUUCAAAAGCACGAAAAUUAUAAGUUUUUGUUAAUCUGCACAUCACGGUUGAUUAUUUUUCAAACAUGACGAUCUAUAGGUAAUUUAAUAUUUUAAUUUUAAAUAAAUUACAUUUAAGCUUGCAUAAUCAAUUUCCAUAUAAUAUCAUGAAAUUAUAUUUACAUAUUAUUUUGUUUCAAAAUUAGUUCCAAAACUAUAUAGAACCAACACAAGUUGAGAAUAUAUGAUAGUUACAUAAAGUUAUUUAGUUUAUAACUAUAUACAACGAUAAACCAUUGCUAACGAAAAAUGAUUUUCGGAGUUCGGUUAUACACGUUAACAAUGGAUUCAUAAUAGUGAAAAUCCCUUGGAAAAUUCAAACAUGACAUUUUCAAUGUAUAAAGCACAUCGAAAUUGAAACAAAAAUGGGCUCUUGUCAUUUUUUAAUUGGAGCAAGAUUUCUGUUGUAGAAAAAUUGUAGGCAUACAUAGGCAACAUUCGAGUUUUCCCUUCGGAAAGGCUUAACCAUUGACACCGAAUACAAGGGAGCAAUGGGGCCAUCGCCACACGGAUUAUUUUAUAUAUAAAAAAAAAAAAAAAACAGUAAUAAAUUUGCUAAUCCCCUCCCUACCUCUUUAAAUUGUUGAAUCCCUGGAACCCGGCGCCCAUGGACUUAACUCUCCUAAAAAGAAACAAGAAAAAAACAAAAUAAAUUUUUAUCUAUAACGUUCAAGUAAUUAAUGGUUAAAUAUAUUACAAUGUUAAAUGUUUAACUUAAAUUUAUGAUACAUUUUGACAAAAACGUCCAGUAAAGUAUUAACCAUAGAUAAUAAAGAAAUGGAUGGGCCAUUCUUUUUAAAAAAGUAAUAAUUAAGCUCAGGAAACAUUAUUAUAUUUAAAUAUAAUCAAAUUUGUUUAUUGGUCUUCUUGUGUAUCCAAAAUAGUUAUAUUUACUUUGAUAUUUAGAAUUUUUCUAAAGUUAAUAAAAAUGAUGUAGUAAUAGUUGGUAUUAUGUAUAUGUAUAUAACAUAUAUUACAUUUUCAUGUUCAGAGUUGGUACUAAUUUCCUUACUAAAUUAUAAUAAUUUUCAUCAACAUAUUUUGGGCAUAGUUUAGAACACUUGCUAACAUUUGUUAAUCCUAGAGGAAUUUACCACUCAUCUCUGCGAUUGUUUUAGGCAAUCUGAAUACAAUUUUAAAAAAUUAAUACUAGGUAUUGUCUAAAUACUGUUCAAAAUAUUACUUACAAAUGAAAUGUUAAAUUACUAUUAUUUUUGGAAGAUGCUCCUAUAAUAAAUAAAUUUUGAGCAUUCUAUAAUUAUUUGUUAAUUAAAAGUGAAUGUCAAAUAAGAGUCAAGACUUUAGGAGAGCAUUUAGAUUAUAUAGACAAAAAACGGUUAUGACGAGAGAUAAAAUCAUGAAUCGUGAUUCCACGAACCGGUAACUGAUGCUUUAUUUUGUAAAUAUGGUGGUUUCAUAAAUUAUUUUCCGUUACAGAUGAGAACAAUAGGAUGUCCCAUGCCAUAAAGUAGGUAAUAUAGAGAAACUGUUUCGUCUGUAUAUUGAAGCGUAAAUGGUUUUUAUUUUACAGGGAACAUACUUUUAGAAAAAAAAUAUUGUGAAAUAUUUGGAACUUUGGUUACCUCUACUGAAAUAUGUUAUCAGUGAUAAAAUCAUAAUUCCUAUGUAAUCCUAUGUAACAUAUUAAUGUAUCUUACUAAAUAUUUUACAAUAUUUUUUUUCCCAAAAGUAAUGUAAAGUUAUGGUAUUGUAAAAUAGAAACUAUUUGCGCAUCAACUUGUUAUACAGAACGAUAUAGGGAAACGGCCUCUCUAUAUUACUCUAUGGCCUAUCCAUUACUUUAUCAACUCAUAAAUUAUUUGAUUACAUUAAAAAUACAUUACAAUUACAUUAUAACCAUAAAGUAAAAAUAAAAAUAAAUACAAUAUUUUGGUUAAAUAUUUUCAUCUUAUCAUUGGUUAAUAAUCAAUUGACAAUUAUUGUCAAUACAUUUUGACUAUGUACAUUAAAUUAAACGUAUUUAGGCUCUCUUCACUCAAAGGGGAUUUAGCAUUCUCUAGCCCCUCCAAAUUGCGCCUAUAUUUUAUAAACAGAAAAAAAAAUAAGCUUACGUCAUAGCGAAACCAAGACGUUUUUCACUCUCCUCAGAAAAUAAAAAUGUAUCAUUGAUCAUUUUUAUGAUAUGCAUUUUCUAUUUUGCGUACAUGUUGGAUACCAUUAAUUGUAAUGCUAUAGCCUCUUAACAAUAAUUUUUAAACAUAUAAAUUUACUAUACUUUUGAAGUUAUCUUUUUGCCUAGUUGCCUACUUAUCUACAUUAUCUUAUUUUUACCUAUUUAAAGCAUUAUUUAUAAAUUACAUUUUUUUAUAGACUCUAUAUCAUUGUUUCUCAAACAUUUUAGUUAUAUGACCCCCAAAAUAGGUAUAAAAUAUGAUCAAUCACUUCGUGACCCCCCCUCCCGUCUAUAUUAAGAAUAAAUUUGAGCAAUACAAAUAUCAUAUCAUUAACGAAACGAACGAAAUAUACCAUUUCGAAUAUCAAUUGUAAUAUCAAUGAAUAUUAGGAAUUUAAGAAAGUGUAUAGAUAGUUAAAUAAAUACAGUAUAAUUUACUAUAAUUUCUCUAUAAUACAUACAGUAUUGUAUUAUUGUUUAUUAGUUAUUAGAACGAGGAAAUUAUUUAGUUGUUUAGUGUUUGGUAUUUAUUUUUAUUUUUUGUUAAACACUUUUUGACCAAUAAUAACAUGUUUUAUUUUAUUUAAUUAUUUAUACUUAAUGUUUAAAUGAAAAAACUGAAUGUGUAAUUUCCGUUUAUUUUAAAAUGUUUGAAUGUUUGAUCACCGUAAUGUAACAUUUUCUUGAGAUAAUCUGGUGCACAGGGUUUUGUUUUUGAAUUUAUAUACAAAUACAAUUAUUGAUGAAUAACUUAUUUUUUUAUUGUCAUUGUUACAUUAACAAAAAAUUAAACAUUUUUAAUACUUAAAAAAAUGUUUAUAAAAUAGUUAAAUUGGAAAUAAUAAUAAUAAUGUCGAUUGCUGUUUUUGAACAACAAAUUAAUAUAUGAAAAAAAUAGGUAAUAAUUAUUUUCCUCAUUAACGGUUAUGAUAUUGGUUUUUAUUGGUUUCACUAUGAUAUUUAUUUUUUCCAUUUGUAAACAAUUUUGUGUUAGUAAAAAAGCUCUGAUUUUUUUAUGUUAAAACUUAAAAGAUGCUAAUGUUUUGACAUAUUCUAUUUUACUUGAAAUAUUUGUCAAAACUUCCAAUUGGUUCUUUUCCAAAAAAUGCGCUAAUGUAUUUUUCUUAUGAACAGUGUAGAGUUAUAUAAUAGAUAAUAUACUAAAUAAAACUAUAACUAGUUAUUUUUAUUAAUGAUAAAUUGAUAGAGAUUGUGAUGGUUGAACAAAUAAUCACAUUGAGAAAAACCUUUAAAAUUAUAUUAUAUUUUGCUCAUCUGAGUAAACUUCACACCAACAUAGUGAUGUGAUUUCAUAAUGUAUUAUUACUUUUAUUCUAUAAUAUAAAUUUGACAAUCUAAUAGAAUGUUCUUAACUUAUAAUAAAUGGAUUUAUGGAGUAACCUGCAACUCGUUUUAAAUGUAACCUUAAAUUUCCUUACUCAGAAGUCUUGUUGCGCCAAUCCUUCAAUGUAUUAAUUAAUAUACAUAGGCACAUUUAAAAUGUCUUAUAUUUUAUGUCAAUAAUUUUACAGUUUGAGUGUUUACCUUAACUGACAGAUAGACACAUCAAUAGGUAUAGUCUGCCAAAAGUAAAUUCCAACUAAACCUACUUACAAACUCAAAAUAAUGUUUUGACAAAACAUACUAAGUGUAUAUUUAGUCAGAGAAUAGGUACCAACCUGUAUUCUGUUUAUUGUGACAUCUAUAUAAUGAUGUAUUUAUAAUCUAUGUUUUUAGAUAUUGAUUUUCCAUACGCAUUAAUAAUACUUAUGUUAUAUAAAAUUUAAUGACCUAUUUAUUAUAAUAUUUAAUUUUGCUUAUUUUUAAAUGACUUAUACAUUUUAUAUUCUGAAAGUGUAUUGAGGAAUAUAUUGAUUUUACUAUCAUAUGAAUGCUUGCAAAUUUGAUAGAGGUUCAUUAUAAGACGUUUUAAAAAAAAUUGACUAUAGUGCAGUAUUUUCAUAUUUUUUUUAUAAGAAUUUUAAUAUCAAAUUUUGACGAAGAUAGUGUAUUUUACUUCCUUUAAAAACUUGUUCAAAAGAACUUAGCUCAGGGUCAUUUUUGUAAGAAAUGGCUUUUCGUUGUUACAUAUAUAAAUUAAGUUACUUAAUGUAUCUUAUCUUCUCAACUUCUUAUCUAAAAGAGUGAUAGACCUAUCGCCAGUAUCAGCUCUUAUUUUUUUAAAUUAAAUUUAUAUUUGAUUACGUUGGUCGAUUUUUGUUCAAUUGUAGUGAAAAUAUUUUUUAUGUUAGAUAUUUAUUUUUAAAUAAUUUUACGUACUUACAGAGGAUGUUCUUUUAUUGUAACACAAAUUAUUUUGGUCAUAAUAAUUAUUGAUGUGUUGGUGUUCGUGUCUUUAAAAUCUGUGAUAAUCCGAUAUAUAAUAAUUUUUUAAUUUUUAUUAGAACGAAUUGAUGAGUGAUGAGUGGGCGUGGAUUGUAGAUGUGCCGGAGACAGGUGAACAUCCUACACAUUAUUCGCUAAAACGUUAAAUUUAAUAUACUUUACGUAUAUUCAAGUUUGUUACUAAUAAGUGACAAUAUAAAAAAUAUUACCUAGCUAUAGCUUAUAUUAGCCCAAAUAUGAAAAUAUAACAAAUUAAUGUCAUAAUAUAAUUUAACGUUAUUUUAACAGUCGACAAGAGGAAACAUAUAAUUAUGUAAACGGGAACUACGGAAUUGGUUUCCAAUAAAAUAUUAUAUCGCACCAAAAAACUGUUCAAAUUGGUUCCCAUUUGUAAAAAAAGGUUUAAAUAAUAAAUUCAAUCACGUUUUAUUUACUACGGGAGAAUUUUAGAUCACUUUUAUAUUUUGCAUAUAAACAUAUCUCUUAAGAACAAGGUAUUCGAGUUCAUAAAAGCCAAUAAAGAAGUUUUUUUUUUGUCACUUAUGUAGAAAUAGAUGUUUCAAUGAGAACACAUUGAGACCGGCUAUGAUCAUCCUUACGAUUUUGAUUUCAAAUUUAAUUUAUUUAAAACACAUAAAUAUUAAUUGCAGGGACGGCAUUAUCGUAGGGCUGUAGCUAAAAUUUGUUUUUGGAUAGACACGAAUAAAACCAGAAUACCUCAAUAUAUAAACUGAAUACAACAAUAUCGAUUUAAAUGUGAUUUUUUUAUUUUCAAACAUUUUUUGAAAAACUGGGUACAUUCUUGUUCACGUGCGUAUAUUGCAUUCACUAUGACGAAAAAAGAGAGGUAGAUCAAAGUAUCAUCAUGUGCCGUAGUGACAAACUUGUCGGUGGUUAUUUCGUUGCAUAAACAUAUCACGAUAUUAAUUAUUAAUUUUAGAUUCCUAGUGGAGCGAAAAGUGUAUUGUUUAUAUAAAUCUCAGAAUGUUGUUUUUUUUGUCUGUUGCAUUCAUUAGUGGCUAUUUGAUUUAUUAGAUUCCGAGCGUAGCGAGGGAGCUAUUGAUUUUAAAAUGCUGUUAUUUUUUUCUUCUUUGUUCUAGUCUGUAGACACGUUUUUUCUAGUAAACUUGUUCCGAUGUAUAAGUGUAGCACUUUUUCUGAAAUCACAAGUUGUCUAGAUUGUACUAUAAGAGGUAAUUUUUUGAUUUUCGACGCCAUUUUUUAAAAAGAAGCACUUAAAUAGGAAAAAACAUAGGAAAACGUAAAAUUUUACGGUUUUAUAAAAACACUGACGACGUUAUCUACCAGAAAAUGAUUUAAUCUAAAAAUCACGAGAUACCUUUCUUAUUGCCUUUUUGAUUUACUUUCUUGUGGUAUCAUUGUCAAAACUUUGAGCUACUUUUGAGAUUUUAAGGAAUUUUAAUUUUGGGAGUUCUUUUGUUUUAUUUCGAUUACAAAUACACGUAGGAACUUGAAACUUGGUAAUAAUACUUAUAUUGGAUUUACCUAUACGUGGUUAAAUUUCAAAAAUCAUUGGACGAGUUUAUUUUUUUUUUUAUUUUUGUUACAAUGGUACUUUAUUUUUUAUUAUAUACUGUUGACCAUUUUUAUCCUAGAAAACUUCUUCCGAUGUAUAAGUGUAGCACCUUUUCUGGAAGUCAUUUGGUAAAUACAUAGGUCAUUUUUUGAUUUUUGAAAUAAAAACGAUUAACCGGGACAAAAAAUCCUAUUUUUUCACGAUUUAUUUUUUUUUUUUUUAAUAAACGUUUUGAAAUCAAAUUUAAAUGAAAACGCAAAAAAAAUAAUUACGGCACUUCAAAUUAUGUAUUACCGAACUGUGCUUGAAAUCGUCUUUCAUCAAACAAUGGUUUAUUGUUGCUUACAGAUAUAAAUGAAUUAACCUACCUUAUAAUCCUACCUACCCAUUUUCUGACCUACAACAGUGGCCGCUCCUAUCACCAGUUUCAGCUCUUUUUAUAUUGAUAUAUAUUUAUAGGGCGUUGAUGGAAAUCAAAAAUUUCAAAAUAGUCAAAAUAUAUUAUUUAUUGAAUUUUUAAUGUAGGUUGUUAUUUAAAAUCAAAAAUUGGUAGUAGUUUUAACCCUUAAAAAAGCAGAUAUCUUCGCACAAUGCGUACAGCCAUUGUUGUAAGAAGUUGAGAAGGUAAGAUAUAGGGGAAAUAUUAAUUUAGAACGAUAAACCAUUGCUAACGAAAAAACGAUUCUGAACAGAGUUCAGUUGAUAGUGGUGCUUUGUCACCAAUAUAUAUAUAUAUAUAUAUAUAUAAUAUUAUGGUAACAUAAUUAAAUAAGCAUAUAUUUUCUUUAGUAAUAUUAAUUUAAUAUUAUACCAAUUUUAAUUUUCCAUGUUUUUUUCCCGGUUUUCGCAUUUACUGGAAAAGUUCUUGAGAAAAUCGAAAAAUGUCUUUUAAAUACCUUCCCAGUUAGAUUUCCUUUUAGAAAAAGUGCUAUCAUUGUAAAUCGAAGCAAAAUUGCUGGUAGGAAAGUUGUCCACAGAAAACAAGUCGUGAUAUUUUACUAAUACAUUAUAAUAUUAUAAUAUUUUCCUAUUUUUUUUUUAUCGUUAUUUUACCAAAGAUAAUUUAAUUAUUGCCAAAACUCGAAUGUGAAUUUUUUUUCUUUUAUUAAGCCGACAAAAAACACAUCCCUGAAAAAAAAUUGUAAUUAUCCGCCAGACAUUAUGUGGGGUAGUCCGCGAGUCAUAUCUACACAAUUAAAAACAUAAUAUAAUAUGUAAAGCGAUAGUGGUCGUUGGAACCAUCUAAUUUUAAAAUUAAAAAUCUAGUACAACGUUUAGCACCAUCAGAAAAAACUGUCAAAUUUAUUCGAUUUCCCAGAAUAUUAUGAUGCAGAAAUAAUAGGUAUCAAAAAUAUAAUUCAAAACCAUUUUAUUGUUGAAGUCGAGAAAUAAAAUGAUGACAUCUAGGAAGAUGUCAUUGAGUUACAAAACUAAAAUUUGUGAAAAUAAAAGCAUUCUUUUCGUAAAUUUUCCUGUUUUCCACAAUUAUUAUGAAAAACGCUAUGAAAAUCAAAAAAUGAUUUUCUUAAGAUACCACUCCGGAUAAAAUUUCCUUUCAAAAACCGUACUACACUUGAAAAUCGUAAGCAACUUUCUGGUAGAAAAAUUAUCCACAGAAAAGAACAUAUAAAUUAUUAUAAAACCAAUACAUUCCUCGCUCCACUAAGAAUCUAAAAUAAAAGCCAUCAGCCAAUCGAGAUGGUUCGUAAAAAUAAAAAUAAAAUAAAAAGGUUGAGAACCAUUGAUGUAAGUUAUCAAGGUCUUCAAUUAUUUCAGUUUAUCAGAAUCUAAUGUUUCAAUAUACAGUCACUAACAUACGAAUAAUAAUAUGCGUUCAACAUUAUUUGUUUUAUCUUAUAUAUCUACUCUAUCUACUCUAAAAUUAAUUUUGUACAAUAUUCGUAUAAUGUAUAAUAUGUGGUAUAAUAUACCACUUCUUCACUCUUUCUUAAAUUCUAAAUUAUUGAUACCUACUCUGUAGGAUUUUGAGAAUAGACACUUAUAAUUUUUUGUUGAAUAAAAUAAUUAUUAACGUUACCUAAUCAUUUAAUUAAUCGAAAAAAUAUGCUUAAGCUAAAUUACAAAAAUGUGAUCUAUGGUUAGGGUAUUUUAUAAUAAUUAAUAAUACCAAUAGUUAAGCGUAUAUUUUUGUUGAAUCUUCGCAGUUUGUGAUUUACAAUAGAAAAUCUUAGUAAUUUUUUAUCCACAAAUAGUGAAUAAAGUGAACCACAGAAAAUUAUUAUGACAGUGAUAUCAAAGUAUCUAGGUUUAUUUUUAUAACCGUUCUUAUACUGAUUUUAAUUCCUUAUUUCUCACGAUUAGUAUAUACUUUCGAUUUGUAAACAUUAUUGACGAAAAUAUGAAAGGAAAAUAUUAUUCAGUGACAUAUCUAUAAAUUAAUGUUUUCCUAUAACUUAAUAUAUUAAUACAGCAGUAUACGUUUCUUUAAUUAUUAUUUAAAUUUAUCCUACUUAAAUGCACCGGAGAUUUGAAUUAUUAUUUUUAAAUGUACAAAAAAAUAUUUUGAUAUAUUUGUGUAAAAGCACAUGAAUUAUGUUUAGAAAUGUAUUCUAUAGUACCAAUUGAAUAUGUGGAUAUUUACUAUAUAUAUAGUAUUUAUAUUAUGUACGAGUAUACUAUUUGAAUUGUCAUUGUAUAUGAUUUUUAUAAGUAUGUGUAUAUAUUUUUAGGGCAUGCCUUUAAUAGUAUUAUAUACUCUUGUUGAAAAUCCUCAUUCAAUAUUUUUUGAUGUUUUCUAACCUAACCAAAAAGUGUUUUUAUCAAAGGAACGAAAAUUCAUGUUUCAUUUUGUUAUUGGAAGUGAGCCAUAAAUAUAUAUCAUGUUUACUAUGUAUUACAAGGAGCUGGGAGGAAUAUAUUAGAAAAAUAGUAUUAUAUUAUUGCUAAUUUCAAAUAUAUAUAUACAUGUAUUAUAUUGCUCUGUCAUAUAUCACCACAGAGAAAUGGAUUUUCCAAAAUGUAUGAUAAAUAUUUUUUAUUUUUCCUAUACUUUAUCUUCGUAUCUAGUCUCGGAUAUGAAGUUGUAAUCGAUAUUAUGAGAAUAGGUGUUUUGAACGAUUUCUAGAAAACUUACAAUGGGAAUUUUAUGAAACCGCCAUAAAACAUAAUAUAUAAUAUAUUACACAAGUUUUUAGAGUGAAAAAAAAAAGUGUCAUGAAUAUUAUUAUCGAAUAGUCAAGCAAUAUUUAUUUCUUAAAUUAAAAAGAAAAAUUAUGAGAUUAGAGGAAAUACCAUUAGAGGCAUAUGUAACAAAUAAAAAUUAUGUAAAAAACUCGCAUAAUUAAAAUGCCUACAAAUAGCCCAAAAAUGAUUCAAAUGUUUUGAAAUUUUUACUACAUUUAGAAAAGCAAAUAUAAGUUGUCUGCGAAGAUUUCAAGUCACUAUGAAUAUUUUUAAUUGAAUUACUACAGCAAAAAACAAAAUGGAAAUAAUCUAUGUUUUCUUUCAACGUUUUUUUUUUCAGUUUUGCUCUUGAGAAAUAAUAAAAACCGAUUUGCCUAUACACCAACUAGGUUAAAAAUGAAAGAAAAGAGGUCUUUUCUAUCGGAACAAUAUUUCUCGUAGAAAACAUAGUUUGCACAAAUUAAAAACAAUGCGAGUGGUAAUGCCACGGAGUGCCGUAAAUAUUUAUCGUUUUACUUGUAAUUUUGUUUCCGGUUUUUUCCCAAUUAUUUUGAAAACCUAUUGAAAAAUCAAAAAAAAAAAAAAAAAUGGCCUAUUUAAUGUACCAACUUGAUACAAUUUCAUUUCUAAAAAAAUGAUGUACUUGAAUACUUAAUACACGAAGCAAGAUUGAAAGGUUGUUUACGGACACAAAAAAAAAAAAAAAAACACAUAAUAUCAUAGUAAAAUCAAUAAAUCCCUCCCUACGCUUUGAAUCUAAAAUAAUCGUGAAUGCACGGAGAUGUGGAGGUGACAAAAAUUGUUUAUAGUAGUUGAUUUCAAAUUGCGUGUGAUGAAGAUAAAUAGAGUAUAAUAUUGUAUAAAGAAAAACUAUAAAUACAACUUCAUUAUAAUAUAGACUGGGUUUGAUAAUAGCGUGAUGCGUAGGGUGGAGGUAUGGGAAUUGAGAUUGAAUUCUUCACUGGCUUAAAAAUACAACUACGAGUAUUUAUUUAGUAAUUUUAUUUUGAAGUUACCUAUAUAUUUCAGCCAUUGGCUGGUUAGAUACAAGAGAAAAAUAUGAUUCUACGAUUUAUUCGUGAUUUAUGAUUAAUUUGCUUAAUAAUAUCCCCUCCUGUUUAAAAUUACUGGACAUGCUACUAAGGAUAGGCCAUUUUUUUGGGUUGCUAGUUUUAGAGCGUGAUUAGAAUAAAUUUUUAAUUUUUAUUUGACCGAUAAUAUAUGAAGGAAUAAUAAUAUAAUUUGAAAGAAUAUAGAAAAUGACACGAGGAAUGGAAAAAAACGCCAUUAUGAAAAACUGAAAAAUGUUUUUAAUAUGCAGAUAUAAUAACAGAAAUUAAAAAGAUAAGACUAACAUGAGCUAGACACGCUUGAAGAAAAUAGGAUUUACAUAUUAAAAUGAUAAUGAAAAAUGUGAGGUAAAACACCGUUAGGUAGACCACUGCAGUUGAGAAGACCGGUAAAAGAGGAUGUAAAAGUAGUGGAACAGAAUAGACGAUGGGGAGAAGAGGCGGAGGUGAAGUGAAAAGUGGCAGUAAAUUUUCUGGAAGGGCUGGUCUUAGACAUCGAAACUUAAGAGAAGAAGAUAACCAUGAUUAUAUAUAGGAACGUGAAAAACAAAGAUUCUGAUUAAAGUUCGGAAUUAUUACGCUUUUUUUGUCAGUUUUUUGUAGCAUUGAAAUGGAAAAUUCGACGAUUACUUUGUUUAUUUUUUCGGAUUUUCCCCUCGGGACAUGAUGUGUCGGUUAUCCUUAAAAGGAUGAUAUAAACGCGUGUGUAUAUAUAUAUAUAGUAAAUGUGCUUGGGUGUUGUUUUCGCGUGUCGAUUCGUUAAAAUGUGCGUGUUUGGCCGUACUGUUCGCAGUUUGGCGAUACACAGCUAUAGAAUAAUAUAAUAUUAUACGUAUAUAAUAUGUGUGUGAAAUCGCCUGUUGAAAACGAUACGUAUAAACGAACGCCUCCGACGUAGGAGAUUUCAUCUGUUUGGCAUUUUAAAUUUUUUUUAGAAUGAUGUGCCGUGUAAGUUCGUAAUAGAUUACUAGGAAUGGGUUUGAAAAGAAAAAAACCGAAUCCCCGAGAUAGGAAUAUGGUUAAAAAUCCCCGGAAAAUAGAAAAAUAAAUCUCGAAAAAUUGACUUUUUUAUUUUAAAAUAGGUUUGAUUUUAAAAUUGUUGAAACCACUAAACCACUAUAUCAGAAAUUCAGCUGGAAAUGAUUGUUGAAAACAAUUAACAUUAUUAUAUCGAUAUAUAUACCUACUAUAAGCAGGGCUCGUUAGUUCAUGCACUAAACACUGCCAAAAUAUGCACUUGAACAGUGCCGUGGUGAAAUCAAAUACUUUCAGAGGCGAGAAUUUUAUUCCACCUACCUACCGAAGAACCCGUGACAUCCAUUUGCUAUACAUUUACCACACAUAAAGAUUUAAUACUAAAUUUUUAUCACUUUUUUAAAAAUUGUUUUAUAAUUUAGCAUAAUAUAUGUAGAUUCCCUUAAAAAAGUCAAAGGCGGUCGCUUCUAGAUUACCUUCUUGGCCACGCCACUGCACUUGUAAGUUCGGAAAUAAGCAUUUAUACUGGUUAGUCGUUGCUACAACCAUAGUCGAAACUACUGUCCAGGCCAGUUUGACAUGAAAUAAUUUAAAAUUAAAACUUCAUUCUCACAUCUAAAAUGCCCACCGCUUUUUUCCAUAUUUAUCAUUUGGCCUGUCCUAAUAAAAUUAUCUAGUUCCGCUUAUGGUGACAACAUGAAUUUUGUUUUGGCGAAUUAUCUGGUUUUAUUCCUUAUCAGACAUUAGUUUUACAGUUUUGGUUAAUGGUAAGAGAUUCUUAAAAGUGCCAUGAUUAUGGUUAUGGUUAAUAAAAAUAAUAUACAUCUAUAUUUUAAAUUAUGUAAUUCUUAAACCUGAUAAUUUAUGUAUUCUUAAUACUAUACAUCUAUAAUUCCAUUAAUUUCAAUGGUUACAUUAAAGUGAUUUUCAUUUUUCAUAUAUUCAAUAAUUCAUGAAUAAAAGACCAAACUGAUAGUUUACAUUAUCUGUAUAGUGUAUAUACAUGCAUAUUGAUACUUAUUUUACGUAUUAAACUAUAUUUUAUUCCAAUUGUUAAAUGUAUUUUAUUUUUUAAUAACUAACCUUUAAUUUUAAAAUCACACAAAAUAUUUUCGCUUGAAUAGCUUUUUAGGCAUCUUAUCUAUAUGAAAUUUACAAAUAUGCUCACUUGAUUUAACAUUAGGUAUUAUGAUCUUAUGAAACAAACUAAAAAAAUUAAAAAUUAAAAAUUAUGAAAUCAAAAAUAUUGACUAGAUACAUAUAAUCAUUAUCAUUAGCCAAACUAUUAUUGAAAUAGCAUAACCGUCCUUUGUGUUUGGUUAUGAUAUUUCAGUAACCUGUUACCAAAAGUUAUAACCAAAAUCGCCAAAAUGACUUAUUUAUAAAUAAGAAACCCGGUUAGAUUUACUUUAAAAAAAAUCUUCUGCAUACCUUAUAUGCUAAAUAAAAUUAUACCUUUUUAAACUUUAUAUUUUUAUUACUAUGUUAUGAAACGGAUUUGUACCUGACUUCGCAUGUUUUCUUAUAUAACAAAUAAAUCAUGUAAAUGCACAAACUUAAGAGCCUUGAUUAUAAGAUAAUAUGUAUAUAUCUUAUGUUUAAUAUAAAAUUCCCAACUUUCUGACAUUUUUUCGGUUAGGAAACAUCCCAAACUUUCGUAACGUAACUUGACCUAUAAAAGACGUGGAUUUCCUACACCUUGGUAUGUAAUAUAGUUGAAAUAUUUCUCUAAAUUUUCGAGUUUUUUUUAAAAAAUACGUAAAAAACCAAUAAAUCCCUCGCUAUAUUCAGAAUCUAAAAAAGUAUACAACAAAUGAUAACGUAGUGUCUCUUACUAUAUCCGAAUCUAUGACAUCGACUUAAAAGUGGUGUUUUGUUUUUUUUUUUUAUUAUUAUAUUUUACAAUAAUAUUUUAAUUUAUAACACACUAUAUCCGAAUCUAUGACAUCGACUUAAAAGUGGUGUUUUGUUUUUUUUUUUUUAUUAUUAUAUUUUACAAUAAUAUUUUAAUUUAUAACACAUAAGGACAUAAGGUAUCUUUUUCCUAAACUGGCGCUGGUCUGGAGAGACCAGGUAGGAGUACCGAAAACGUACAAAACAAAGAAACAUAUUAUGUUCUCGUUUUAGAGUAAGUAUAAUACCUACGUCACGCUACCCGUCCCCCGUCAUUGCGUGAGCGAGUGGUUUUCGCACGGUGGGCGGGAGGCACGAGUAGGACGACGAGGGAUCGAGCCACGACGACGACGUCGUCGGUAAAUACGUGCGCGAGGGCCGCCAGCGUAUUUGGGUCAGCGACAACGGCUGCGCGGCCGCCACUAUUCGGCGUUUGUUGUUGUUGUCUGCGGCGGCGGCGGCGAGCGCGUCGACCCCCGGGCUUUUUGCGUGCAGCAACGGUGGCCGCCGCCGCGGCCGCGCCGAGCCGAUUCAGUGUUGCCGACCGUAGCACGGGCUACUGCGACGUCGAACGCGCGCAGCACGUGCUCUUUGCCGUUUUCGGCGGUGCACGUGCCGUUUAUUACGACUGCCGCCCGGCCACCACCGGCACCGGUUAUAAUAUUAUAAUAAUGUGUAGACUUCAUUUGCCACGGCGUGGCACGCGGUGGCGGUGGCGCGAAGCGGUAUUGUAGGUAUAACGUGUCCGCCGUCACGUAGGCCGCUCCGCACUAUUAUCGUCCGCUCGCGGGUUACCCGAUACCGCUGCGUAUACAGACCACUCACACCCGGGUAGGAAAAAUUAUAGGUACCUAUUUUUAAACUGUCCCGAUCCCAUACCAUCAUGACACGUGAUGGUUACAUAAUGUUAUUCCACUACUGCAGUUAAAUAAUAUUUAUUUUUUUUUAUUCGAAUAUUACUUGCAGUAUGGAUCACCGAGUGCGUUUGCGGGAAUUAUGCCGUUUAAAUUCAUCGAAAUAAGCGCUUGAAAACACUACCGUAUAAUUAAGUAUAGGUAGGUAGUUAAGAAUUGAGCACUUCAAAAACCAUUGCCUGAAAUCAAAACAUGAAAAAAAAGAACAAUUUUAAAAUUGAUAUGCUCCCCUCUGACAAAAACUACAUUACGAGUCGAGUGUAUCUAUGAAUUUGAUGAGGUUCGGACAUCAAAAGACAGACUUCGUAACAUAAUCACUAUAAAUACAAAAAUAUAUGUGCUCUCGUAUAUUGUGAACCUAUAUUUCAGCUACUGUGGGCCCAACAUCGCGGGCUAACCUCCAGCAACGGACGGAGAUUCUAGUAUAGUUUCACUACGAGCGCUCCGUAUAAAUCGGUCGGACUAUUUAAAUAUCUCGUGGAUAAUACGGCCUCCCGUCCGUUCUGCGCCGGCUUCCUUUUUAUUACCGAAAUAGAAUAAAAAUUUAAAAAAUAAUCAUCAAAAUAUACGUAUUACAUAUAUCUAUAUGUUAUUAUACGAGUGUAUUUAAAAGGAAUCGUUUUUGUUGUGUCUAUUGGUACAGAUAUAAAAGUAUUGCGUUUUGACUGCCAGGAAAAUAGUAAAACUAAAUCAACUAACGCGUUUGGUAUACAUACGUUUUUUUUAGGGUCUGAGCGAAACCUGAAAUGUUUUGGUUUUAAAAUAGUGUUUUUUUUCUGUCUGUAAACAUCUUUCUAUUAGUAGUCUUGCUUCAAUCAAAAACUGAAUAGAACGCUUUUUGUAAAAAUGUUGAUCUAGUUGGUGCAUUGGGGCAGCUGUUUUUUAAAUUUGUAUUUGUGAUUUUCUUAAUAAUUGGGAAAAGCCGGUAAUUUUUUGUACAAUUGAUGUUGAUUUCUGGGUUACCGUGGCAACAAAGGAAAAUAUACGACUAAUAAAACUCUGCUCAGAAUAGUUUUUCUUUAACAACGGUUUAUCUUUACGUACAGAUAUAAAUUAAAUUAAAAUAUAUAUCUUUGCUUUGAAUUUCCUUUCUAAAAUAGUGGUACACUCAUCUGCAAUAUCAGCCUUCAUUUAUUGCACUCUUAAAUUUCCGUAUAUACCGAGUUUAGAGCAUUAGCUCGUACCAUUCUGUAAUCACCUGCCUGUCUGUUUAUGAUGGUGUCCAUUCUCGAUCAUAUACAAAGUCAUUAUUUGUCAUUGUGAUAUAAAUUUAAAUUUAAAUAUAAUUAUUUUUAAUAUAAAAUAUAUGAAUUUUAAUAUAAUAUAGAAACCAAAUAAUGUGACUGUACCUGCAAAUAGUAUUAUAAUGCGUCCAACGUGAAUUUUUUUUUAAAUUUUUCGAAGAGGCAUUAAGCAUUAUGAAGUAUAUAAUAUAUAUAUUAUAAUGCUUAAUUUUUUUUUUUUGAAUUAUUUGUUUUUGUGGUUGGUAAAAAUAUUAGAUGUGACCUAUUUUUUUUCCGAGUGACCUUCGGGCUUUUUAGGCUACAGCGUUCGAUGCUUCUUAUUCGACGUAAAUUCUCAAUUUAUUAUAUAUAUAUAUAUAUAUAUAUAUUAUAGGACUAGGUUCUGGAUUGUGUACUAGGACUCAAUCUCAACUUUACUGUUUUGAGGGUAUUUUUUUUUAACAUAAUAAUUCAUUUCAAAAACUCCAGUUUAAAUUGUCGAUAAUUUUUACUAAGCUAAAACAAUUUUAUCUACAUAAAUAAAUAAAUAAAAACUUGAAAAUUUUAAAUGGUUAUAAAUAGCUCAACUGUCGCUAGACUAUUUUGAUAAUUGUAUACCUCCUCUAAGUAUAAAUAUUGACAACCCCAUUACGUUCAAUUUCGGAAACCAAGGAGGUAUGUUACAAAAGUACUAUAAUAAAAAUAUUCGUUGAAAUUUUAGGUCUAUAUUACAAUUAUUUCUAAUACAAUUACAAUGAGAAAACAAAAUGUAUGACAAAACUUACUAUUGGUAAAUAGUGAACGUAGGUAUUAUACACUUACCUAAAAUCUGGUUUUGCAUCAUUCAUGGUAAUAAUUGCUCAAUCGAAAAUGGUCAUAAAAAAAAUGUCCAAGUGUAAAUAUCCACGUACUAAAUAACCACGGGAAAAUAUGGCCAAAUACAAAAAAGCCAGUUAAAAAGUUGUAUUUAAAUAUAUAUUUUUUUAAAUGUUUAAUUUUCCCCAUUGUUAUAUUAUCUACUGGUCAUUUUUGUAUUCGGCUAUAUUUUCACUGAAGUUUAUUACUUUUUUCGUAGCAAUUUUUUAUUUAGCCAUUGAUACCUACAUAGUAUCAUAAUUCAUGUACCGAUGACCUGUUACCAACUAUAGGCUCGAUUUUACUUUUAAUAUCCAUUUAUUCACAUAUUUUAUGUAUAUUCUAACUAUUUAUUCGCAAACACAAAGGUUAUUGGAACAAAUAGGUAAUACCUAUUCAAUAACAUAUUAGAUACAUAUAUUAUGUUUUAGACACGAUGAUGGUAUGAUAGUGUGUGAUUUCACAUUAACCACGGUCUACGGGUGGUCUGAAAGUGAAACAUUUUGGUUUGAGGGUAAAUCGAUAUUAUGUUAUACUUAAUAGUCCCGAGCUAGAAUAUAAAACAUUAUUACUGCUUACGAAACGUUUGGAUUCCUUACAUUCACAUUGAUGAAAAACAUCUUUUUUGCUAUACAUAAUAAUAUUAACAAAAUAAUAAUAUACGUGCUGUUGUUGUUGUUGUUGCUGCUUCGACUACUGUUGUUAUGCGGUCGUUGUCUAUAAAUAAGAUAAUUAAAAACAAUAUUUAUUUCACAGCGCAAUGGUAAACUGCCAAAUAAAUGGUAUACUUUAUUCAAAGUUAUAGGUACUCAUUAUUCUAAAUAAAAAAAAAAAAUAAUAAUAAUAAUAUUUGUUGAUCACUGCUGCUACAUUUGCGUUGUUUUCAAAGGUUUUGUUAAUUUUUUGUUAAUAAUGGCAUAUAUAUUAUAAUAUUAUUAUUAUUUUUAGGUUUUUUUUUUGGUAAUUCUAUGAUGAAGUUGAUAAUUACUUUAUCCUGAAUGGAUAAUAUUUCAAUAUUAUCCAUUAUAUACGGCUCUCCUUGUUUUUUAAUCUAAAUGACUAGUCCUAUAAAUAGCAGGUCUGAAGGUUUUCCUAUUUCUCUAAAAUAAUUGAAAGUGAAAUCGUGGUUUCACUCAAGGAUAUCAGAUGAUAGAUAGUCAAAUUUAUGUUUAUCAAAUGUACAUCAGGAAGUUGAUAUUUUAAAUGUAAUUAGUAAUAUUUUAGAUGUUUUUAUAAAAACUAAAAUAGAAAGAAUUAAACUUAUAGUGUGAAUAUGUUAAUUUGUUUUGUUUUUUUCAUAAAUUGGCCACUCAAAUUAAUCAAUGGAGUCGUGUCUGUUUCUCUAGUCUAAAAAUAUUAAUUCAAAUUUUAGGUACAUAAAAUAUAAGAAAGUGUACCUAUGUACUUUAGUAUUAAAAAAUUUUGCAUAUCUGAAUUUCAUGCCAAAAAAGUAUACAUAAAUUAGGACGUCUGAAUUACAUACUAACUCGUACAGAGAUCUGUCCGAAUUUCAUAUCGUGUAAAAAUUUACUCAUCACAAUUAUUUAUUUUAGAGUUAAUUUUUCAAAAACUAAAAAAUAUAACCAAUCAAGAUUGUUUAAAAAUAUUUAUUUUUAUUUAUUCAUAAAAAAAAAACGUAGUUUAUUUUUUAGCUAUAAAUCUCUACUUUUUAACCAUCACUUAACUUUAAAUUACUGAAUUAAAAUUAAAUUAAAGUGAUAUUUUCUUGUUACAUUUUUAAAACUUAGGACCAACACUAGAAACUUGAUUGCCGUACUAUUGUGGUUAAACAUUUUUAAUUUUUUAAUUCCCUAUUAAAUGUAUAAACAAUUUAAUUUUACGAUUAUUGUUAUAUCCAACGUUAUAUCUUAUAUUUUUUAAUUGAUUGUUGUCAAUAUACCUAAUAUAAUGAAGUAUUUAUUUUGUUUUUGGCAACACCAUAUAUAUGCUUACUUUUGUGCAUACAUUACUUUAGGUGAUUUUGAGACUAAAUAAAAUGUAUGUAUAUAGAUACAAAUUAAUAUUUUUAAACAAUUUUGAUUGACUUUUUUUUUUUAUUAGAAGUCUAAAAUAAAAAAAAUUAGGUUAUGAAAGUAAAUUUAUACACGGCAUGUAAUUCAGUUAUACUCUUGUUAGAAGUGACAUACAAUUCGAGCAGACCCCUUUAAGAGAUAACAUAUAAUUCAAAAUUUUUUUCUUUUUGAGAUACGAUUCGGAUUUUAACGUAUUAAUAUUCACCUUCAUAAUUAAAAUUAGGUAAAUUUAAACAUUUUAAAACGGUGUGCAAGUAUAAUAAGUUUACAUAAUAGAGACUAAAUCCAAAAGUAACUUUAAGCUUGAUAUGAAUUAUGAUAAAACAAAAGUAUCCUGUGUAAUUUACAUCCAAUAUUAAUAAUUAUAAGGAUGAUAUUGUAAUACUAUAGUAUAUAAUAUAUUAUAUAUAUUAUACAAUUAUGUUGUUUAUAAUAAUUAAAAUUAAUUAAUAACUUUGUCCUUGUCAUUUGAGAAGUUAUAUUCGUAUAAAGUAUAAGCGCUUUAUUAAAUAUUUCAUGUGUGAAAAAGAGUAAUUCAAUACCCUACUAAUAUAAUGAAAAAAUUUGAAUGUUACAAGUAUUCAUAUAUUCAUUGUUUACCGAAUUUCAACGUGUUGUGUAAUUUAUCAUACUCAUAUUUAUUAACCAAUUAGCUAAAUGAGUUUGUGAUUAAAUAUAGAUACGUAAAUGUUAUGAUAUAUCAAGUAUACGUAUCAGGGCCUAAAAUUAUGCGUCGUUACACACAUAGUAUGCAAUAGUGUGAGUAAAUUAUUUUAAAAUUUAAUAUUAUAUAAUUUGAUAUACCACACAAUAGUAAUUUAUUUGAAAUUAUUUUUCAAAAUAGUCAAUAUUUUUUUCGAUUUUUUUUAUGUAUAGUACAUAAGAAGAUUAUGUGAAAAAACCAUUGGAAAAUACAGGAUCUUCAUUUGGUGGUACUUAAUGCAUUUUUUUAAAAAAUUAUUCACAGUAUUUUUUUUUUUUUUUGAGGAGAAGGAAAAGGAAAAUCGAUGUGUGUGCAGUAGCAAAUUGUACGUGAAUUCUUCACUUGGUGGUCGAAAAAAAAUUGUAAGAAAUGUAUUUAUGUUUCAAUUCACAUUUUAAAUUCAAAUAUUGAUAAAAUUCGUAACAUUUAAAUUCUGAGCGUAGCCAGGGAGCUAUUGGUUUUACAAUGCCGUUUAUUCUUUCUUUCUUCUUCUUUGUUCUAGUCUAUGGACACGUUUCUUCCUAGUAAACUUGCUCCGAUGUUUAAGUGUAGCAUCUUUUCUGAAAAAUAAAGGUUCUUACGUUUUUGUAUAUGAAAGUCGCUUUUAAUAUUCCUUGUAGUUUGAACUAUGAAAAUCCGUGAAGAGAUGUUGGAACAACGGGAUUGUUUCCGAAAAUAAUGUUUUCAUUAUAUUUUUGUUGUAAUUAGGUUCAAAAUAAUAUUGUAAAAAUCUGAGAUUUCAUAAAAUAAUUAUAUGUUUUAGCUAUUUAAAAAUAUUUUAUUUUAGUUUUUGUUUUAUUUCAUGUGGAUAAAAUUGUUUUGAUGAAAUGUAUAAAUGCCUGCAAAUUGUACACGUGGUUUAUCAUAAACUUAUACUUAGUGGUCAAGAAAAAAAGUUUUUUGUACUAUAAUUCAGUAGGUUUUUUUUUUAUACGCGUUCAUAUUUAAAAUCGAAUGAAAUUCCUAAAAAAUAUAUGUACUCACCUUUUUUUUAUCUAUAUAUUUUAAUAAUUGCUAUACAUAAUUAAAUAUUAGGGCAUGAAGUCAUUGGAGUGCAGUUUAGUAAUAAAAGUAUUCUGGGCCCCAUUCGAAAAUUGAUAGGUAAACUAAAAAUAAAAUGUGUGUAUAUUUCUACAACAGUGNGGUGAAAGGUGAAAGGGUUCUGAGAGAAUUCGAAUGUAUCUAUAAUUGAGCCUUAAAUUCAUAUACCUAAAUAGGUUAGCUAUAUAUAAAUAAGUUAGUUCCACAGUUAAGUUCAAAUAAAAUUGAUUUAGAAUAUAGUUGAAUUAUAGUAACUAAAAAAUAUUAAUAAUAAUAAUAAUAAGUAGGUUACCUAAAACUUUUAACCUAAUCACUUUUGUUACAGUUAUAAUAUAUUAAAUACCACAAAAAAUAAAAAAUAAAAAGUUACAUACCUACAUUUUGGUUGUAAAAGGUUGUAAAGAUCAAUUAACAGUUGCAAAAAAAAUUCUAUAUUAUUCUCUAACCAUUGAUAUGUCUUCUAUAUGCUCUACCCCAAAAGACGUCAUUUUUAUUUUUUAUUUUCAAACAUUUGAUAUUCUUAUAAUAUUUAUAUUUAAAGAAGUCGGUGCUUUAAAUCAGUAUACAUUACAUAACUUUAAAUUUGUUAAAUUCACAUCAAAGAAAAUAUCAAAAAUUAUAUUUAAAAAAAAAAAAUUAUAAUAAAAAUAAAUAUUGUUAUCAAAAUUUUAUUUAUAAUUAUAUAGGUAAGAAUAUAUUUUAAUAUUUAUUGGCAUAUUACAAGUUUUACGACAUCUUUAUGUGCCAUUAUGAUUGGAUUUUUCUUAAUAACGGGAAGUUUUAAUAAAAAUAUAAUUUUAUAUUGUUCUAACUUUCAAGUGACAUGAUGAUGUGAACUGUGAAGUAUUUGUAUACAUUGUAUUAUUGUUAAAAUUAUAAUGCAGUAUAAUAAUAUUUAUUUCAAACAUAUACUCAUAUAUGUAGAAAAAUCAUAUUGAAAUAAAAAAUUAUAUUGAACAUGAUGGUACAUGUACUCGGUACUCAGUAGUUAUAUUAUAUAAUAAUAUACACAAGGUGUGACAAUAUUCGACAAGUGUAAUAACUAUGGUUGUGUUCCAUAUUUUUAGUUUUUAGAAUUUUUUUUUUUUUAGUAUUUACUAAAGCCUCACGCUAUGAUUACUCUAUUUUAAAUUUUUGAUAAUUAAAAAUAAAAUAUUUAAAUUUUUAAACAACUUUCCUUUUUCAAAAUCUAAGAUGCGAUUUUGUAAAUAUAUUUUUAAACAGAACAAAAGUUUCUAAAUUGUUUUAAAGUUUAAAAAAACAUUUAAAAAAUAAUUUUUUAUUGACAAAUUGGUGAAUCGAUUUAUAUUUUUUAUUAGUGAUAAUGGAAAAAAUUUUAAUUAUCUUAAGCAUCAAAAAAUAAUAUCAAUCAAAUCAAACAUUUCUACCAGUUUAGAACUCCCGCCCUAAAAUGAGCUUUAUUGUAUAUAAUAUAGUUAUUAUUACUUAUUUUCUUAUAAUUCUCUUAAUUAUUCUUAAUAAUUAUACUUCGAUAAUUUAGUAUUGAAUUAAUAAAAAAUAUUCGUUAUUUUAAACAUAAAACUAAGUUUCAAAAAAUUAAAACUGGCUUUAAACUUAUUUAUUGUCAAAGCAUGUAGAACAUAUAUCAUAUAGUAUUAUUAAUUUGAUUAAAUUACAGAAAGUAUAAUGUAAUUUCUUAAAAAAAAAAAAACCCUAAUGGAGGUAUUACUUUUAAGGGACGAGUAAAAUAUAUUAAUAUAUUACUCCCAAUCAUGCACUUGUAAACUUGAUCGGGAAAUUAGCACGUGCGUCAUAUCGGCCGAGUGUGUCUCCAAGGAAACGAAAAUCGUAAUCAAGUUAUUGUCAUGGGAGUUUCGAUACCCAACACUACACUACCUAUCUAUAUAAUAAUAUAAUUAAGUAUAAUAUGUCCGUCUAUACACUAUAUUUACUAAUGGGUUACUCAUAUUUAUAGUAGAGGUGGUUUUUUUUCUAUUAUAAACAACCUGUGGCCAUUUACACACAAACCACGGUAUCAAAUCGCCGUUAUUAUUAUUAUUGUUGUUGUUAGGAAACCACCGCAGUAGGUGAGUGUGCUAUUUCGAUGGUCGUCAUUAACUUUUGUGAGCCGUUUCACACACUGCCGGCCAUAAUAUUCGUUAGACUUAAGUAUAAACAACAUUAUUAUUAAAAAUAAUAAUAUAUGUAAAAAAAUCCUUGGUGUGGACUAAUUUAUUUUGAUGACAACACGUCCUGUUUUAAACAGGAUUGUCCGAUUUUUUGGCUUGGUGUCCUAUGUUUCUAAUCGGAUUUAAACAGGAAGCAUAAACUCCUAUUUUCUGUGACUGCUCUGUUGUGAUUUUAACAAUUAAUUGAUAAAAACAUCAUCUAUAUAAUACAUCUGCUUUAGAUAUUUUUAGAGUAGAGCUUUUAUGUAAUAUUGUUAAUACAUUUGUAUAAAAUACAAAAGCGUUCAUCGGGGCUGUUAAAUGGUAUAAAGAAAACACAUUUGCCGUGGUACGUACAUCUCAUACCUCGGUCAAUUUUAUAAUAAUCAGUAAUACGAGGUUUGUCUAUUAAAUAAAGAGACUGCGCGCACAGAAAACGUCCCAAAAAAGUUAAGGGAAAACCGAAUACAGCGCUGGUUAGCUGGAAGUCUCUAUUAUGUCAAUACAAAAUUGGGUUUUUGUUGGUGCAUUAGUAUUUUUUCUGUAGUGUUUAGAAACGAACGUGUUUUUUUCUCGUGCCGAAAACCAUGUGUGACGAAAAACAUGAGCAACGGAUAAACGUAAAAUUUUCUCGUUAAACUAAAAAAAACUCCAACUGAGUGCUAUAAGUUGUUAAAAGAGGCCUAUAGUGAGGAUUUUCUAUCUCGGGCGCGUGUUUUUGAGUGGCAUAAAUUAUUUUCUGAAGGUCGAGAGUGCACCGGAAUCCAAUUCAGUCGUAAUCCAAAUUCAAANAUCAACGGCAUCGUGAUGACUGAAUGGGUUCCAGAGGAUCAAACUGUGAACCAACAUUACUAUUUGACAGUUUUGGCAACAUUGCGCGAAUGAGUUCGUAAGAAACGGUCGAUAUUGUGGAAAAACAAGUCGUGGAUCUUGCACCAGGAUAACGCAUCUGCCCAUAACGCGCUGUCUGUGAAGCGUUAGUUGGCCGCUUAAGGCACUCCAGUACUCGAACACGCGUCUUACUCACUUGGCACCCUGUGACUUUUACUUGUUUCCGAAGAUAAAGUCUACCUUAAAAGGAAUCCGGUUUGGGUCGAUGGAAGAGGUGAAACAAAAAUCGGCGGAACUCCUGAAUGGUCUUACGAAAACAGACAUCCAGCACUGCCUCGAGCUAUGAAAGAAACGAAUUAAACGGUGUGUGGCAAGGGGAGGAGAGUAUAUUGAAAGGGAACAUUUGGUUGUGGAAUAAUUUUUAAAAUAAAACCAUUUUUCAUAAUCAGUCUCGUUAUUUAAUAGCCAGAACUCGUAUAGUUAUUACUUGUACUUACUAGUAUUUAUGAAUUAUAAUUAUAAGUAUAUAAUAUUUAUAAUACUGUAUACCUAUAGUAUAAUAUUGAUAAAAACUCUAUUUAGAGUGAGUAGGUAUAACUUUAUAUGCCUAAACAAAACUAUUUUAGGUAACCUUUAAGAUUUUAAAUUUAAUUUUAAAAAAAAUUGAUCUAACCAUUGAUAUUUAGAAAUCUCAAGAUAUAGUUAUAAUGUAUGGUUCAAAUCAAAACCCAAAAUCAUAAUAUUUGAUUUUUAAAAUCAAUUUGAAAUCGAGUCCACCUUUCAAAUCUUAUGUUUUCCGCCGAAUAGUCAAACACGGCUCUGCGUGUAUGUGUAUUUAAACAUAUUAUAUCAGCUAUAUAUAAUACGGUCUAAAUUGGAGGAAAAGUUAAAGGUGCAGAAAUUGGGUGGAGCGGAGGUGAAUUCGUCUCUGACUGCAAAAUUAGGCACGGGGAAUUAAAUCAAACAGAAACAGCGAAGUUUCGUCGGAAUAGAUAUAAAAAAAAUCCCAUCCUCCCUCCCCCCUUCUGCCCGGCAUAAGUGUGUACUGUAAAUACGAUUUGAACGUCUGCUGUGGACUUUACCAGGAGCUGGGUAUCCCCCGACGCUGCCGUCGUAUAGGUACACACUCCUCCAUACAGCACGUCGGGCGGUUGGUCGGAGAGCAGGGCUGGUAUGGCGGAGGCGGUGUGGUGACAGCGGCGACGCUGGCGCGUUGGCAACACUGUACGCCACGUUCGUACAGUCGCGUAUCUCCGUCUCUGUGCGGUUCGCGUUCACCACUAUACACUCACCCCUUCCGCAUUAACAGAGUAUCGCACCCGUCAUCCGAACGUCCACCGCUACAACCGCCGUCUCCGCAUCAGCCUUCGUCCUCGACGUCUGAAAAACCACGACUACCGCACCGAGCCGUUUCACCCUGGGCACCGUUUCCGUAAAAUACUUAAACACGGAUUUUUACCGAGUGGGCAAUCACGCACGAAAAACAAACGUCGAUCUAACAUGAGUGACUCGCAAGUGAGUAUAAUAGGGAAACCCGCAGCCACCCGUUUAUUAAUGUUACUACUAUAUUGUUAUUAUAUUAUAGUUGCCUGUAUAAUUAUAUUGGUUUUAUAUGAUUAUAAUCAUACGAUUAUUAUUACGAUAAAUAUCUUGGAGCUGAUCGGAGGGGGCGUUCGCGAAAUGUAAAUAAAUAGCAUCUGGAUAAAUAGGGCUUCCCCUCUGCCGGGUCGUCCCGUCUAGGUAACGUCUGUGAUUUUCCGGUAUCCGCGAACGCGAUGUCGGGGCGGCGAUUAAUAAUCGAGCGUGCGUAGCAGUACUAUAAUAUAUUGAUAACUUUGUCCGCGGCCUUGCAACGUUUACACUCCGCCGCGCAUUUUCGCCCACCCCGCCGUCCCGGUUCAGCGGUUCCCCCCCACUGGUAACAACACCCCGGGAAGGACGUAUAGGGAAUUUAUAACACGUAAACUUAUCGCGGGGUUGUCUCGCCGAUACGACACGGAUUUUUCUUACGCGAAAUAGCUAUAUAACUAUACGUAUAUAAUAGUAUUAUCUAUACCGAUAUAGUUAUAAUGAUAGUAACAUAGCGAAUAAAAUGGCGCAAGCCGACGAUGAGUGUGAUUUCGAUGAAUGAUAUUAUUGGUAGGCGGCAGCGGCGACGACGGCGGCGUAGGAGGCGGAAAGAAGGGAGGUCGGCGGCGACUGUUGUAGGCGUUUCUGAACAAGGGAGGCGAGCUGCGGGUAGAGUUUGGGCGGGUAGUCCCCGGGGGUCGUUAUUGCUAAGGCGCGCAUUCGGGGUAUUGAUUAUUUGUCCCGGAAGAAUGCGAUGGCGGGAAACGCACACACAAAUAAUAUCUUAUUAUAUAUAUAAGUAUAAUAUAUAUGUAUGUGUUUAAUAGUAUUUUCCAUUUUCCGGAUGGUUAGCACGGUUAUGCAACGACAAUAAUAAUAAUAUACUAACGGAUGUAUGUUAUAAGUCACUUUAUUUUUUUUUUGCGAAUUAGCAAUCUUUAAUAUUAUAAAUGAUUAUUUAUUUUCUCAUGGUGUAACCCCGUCGUCGGUCGUCACAUCUAGAUUUUUGUUAUCUGUAAUAUUGUAUAGGCAUGAAUAAGAGCAAAACAGGCUUUUGAUUUUCUGAUAAAUGAUUGUACAAAUUGGAGAAUGAAUCUUCUUUUCUUUUUUUUUUAAAGCAAAUAUGUACAUUCGUAAAAUUAUUGUUAACCGAUUAAAGACGUCAAAAGCAUACUUGAGGAGAGUACCGUAACUUCGACUUAAACAACUUUAUAUAUUCUUUCCUAAUUAAUAAUUUUCUUUACUUGACAUGGAAAACAAUUUUGUUCGGGAAAGAUUGUACAAUUUUUCUUCGGUCAACCUAACCAUUAACUAUUUUUUUAUACUUUCGGGAACGCAAUGGUUGCGGUUAUGUUCAGUUAAAAUUUGAAUUACCCGCAGACUUUUUAUUUAGUACUUUGAGUUCUAAACAAUAUUUCAGCACCAUAACCUUUAACUGAAUUAUUUUAAAACGUAUAUUUUUUUUUAUUUUUUUUUUUUAUCGUUCCCAUCCCCUUCAAAUAGCUCGAGGGCUGUUAUUGGACUAUUAUUAUAUGGGUGUGACUUAGUACUAAGUAUAUAUUAUGAUGGUAAUAUUAUAUUAUUAUAUUAUAGGUAUAGUCUUUGUGUCUGAUGAUGAGAUUGUAAACUGGAGACAGGAUGUCUAUUAUACGGCGCAUUCUAUAGGCAAUUUAGGGACAUGAGUGUAUACAAUGCGCACUUGAUGUGUACACGCAUGCCGCGUUACAAUUACAUUGUUGUACCUACGUCAUACACUUAAUGAGACCAAUUUAAUACGUCUUUUACCUACAUAAAAAAAAAAAAUUAAAAAAUGUUGUUUUAUUUACAUGGUCGUAAACCAUACAUAAACACAGAAUACUAGCGUGAUUGUCGGCAAGUACAAUAUUAUAUAGUUUGUUUGGAGAGAGUUUUAAUUUUUUGCUAUUAUUAUAAUAUCGAUUGGUGUCAUGGUUUUUCGAUUGAUAAUAUUAUGGUUAUUAAUGUAAGCCUUAAAACGUUUUCAUUAAUCUACAGGAUGUCUUAGAAAAGAACGAUAAACUCUACGGAAUGUUAUUCUUUAUGUGGCUAUUAGAAUAGGGUUUUUGAAUUUUUUUUUUAACAUCAAAACUUUGAUUUUACUGAUUUUAUAUUUGCAAAAUAUCCGUACAAAAUAAAAAUAAACCAUAUCAAAGAAUUUCUUGAAAAAUUAUCUUUCAAAAUGAUUACUUACUCAUUAUCGUCACUAUUUUUGGCUUAUCAUGUCCAAAUCGUAAUUUCAGUGUAAUACAUGAAUUUGUAUAUACAUUUGUCAGGGAUUUAAACGGAAUCUAUUAUUUUUUAUUUAAGCACCAAUAUUAUAGCCCUAUAAAAAAAAUACGACUAAUUUGAUUUAAAACAACAUAAUAAAUACCUAAAUUUAGUUGUUUUUCUUGAAUUUUAUUGUUAUUAUAGUUAUAAAAAAAUUAUUUGAAUAACUAUUCAACCUCACCUCCGUUAACUUCAAUACAUUAAAGAAAUUGUUGAUGGAAUAACCUCCAAAUAUUUUGGAAAAGUUCUGGAGUAAGUUUUUUUUUCUGCCGCAUUAUUUAUUCGUUCAUUAAGCUGCUUCCUACUGGCAAUUUAUUGAUCAUAAACUGUUUUUAGGUCAUUCUAUUAAAGACUUUUUAAAUGUAUUGAAUUUAAUGGAGGUCAUGAUAAACAAUUACUCAAAUAAUUUGUUUCUUGCUAGUAAUAAUAAAAUUUAAUAAAGACAACAGAAUUUGGAUAUUUAUUAUGUUUUUUUACAAUCAAAUCAGUUGUAUUUUUCUGAUAGGUUCGUUAAAUUUACAUUUAAAUAAAAAAUAAUUUAUUCUAUCGAAAUCCCUGAUAAAUGGUUAUACGAAUUCAUGUGUUAUACCAAAAUUACGAUUUCAAACAUAAGGCCAAAAAUAGCGACGAUAAUGAUAAUUUUUUAAAAAAAUCGAGCAAUCCCUUAUUUAUAACGAUUCUCUGGUAUGUUUAAUUUUUAUUUCUUAUAAAUAUUUUAAAACCAGUAAACCAAAGUUUAAAAAAAAUCUAAAAACCUUAUUUCUAUAGUCACAUAUAAUACUCCAUAUAGUAUUCAUUAUUUUCUGAUACAUCCUGUAUAUAUGUAUAUUUAUCGCGAUAACAUUCAUAAGUCAUAACUAUAAAUAUCUAAUACUAUUAAUUAUUAUAAUAUACAGAUAAUCCGAGCUAUACGACGAUUUAAGGUAUCCCAUCGUUGUCAACAGAUACUUGGUUUUUAACUGUAGUCACUAUUUAGUAUUUUGUACAGCACAGCUUAUCUGUAUAUUCUAAAAUCAAUGCUGGUACCUACCAAGUAAUAUAUAUUAUAUAGUUAUAUUAUUUGGUUUUAUUUUAAUUUUACAAAUUUGUAAAUACUGUAAAAUACAAAUAUAUCAAAACAUAAUAAUAAUGUUAGGCACAGAGCCAGGAUUUUUUUUUUUGGGGGAGGGGGAGAAUGGUCCAAAUAUAAAAUUUAUUACUAACUACCAAUAAUCUUUUUUUUUUUGAGAAAAGUAAAUAUUUUGGAAGUUCCAGAUCUCACGAAUCCUCAUCCGUCUAUGACUACAUCCAUGGAGGUCAAGGGACUCCUCUGGCUACGUACCUAAAUAAUAAUAUACCUGAAAUAUCAAUACUUUUUGGAAAAAGUUUAAACUCUAAAAUAAUCAUCAAAUAAAAGUAAAAAGUGAAAAAAAUGUCAUAACUAGUAUCUAUUAGUUAUCUAAAAUUGUAUUCAAAUAUAUAAUCUACCUUCAGUUCUUAAUAUUAACAUAUAUAAAUCAUACUAAAUAUAUUUUCUAAACAGUCAUACAUUUUGAUUAACUAAAAAUUUUAUCCGUUUUGAAAAAGCCAAAUCACUAUGAUCAUAAGAUAUAAAUACCUAGAUACCUACAUAGUUCGUUUUACGUUAUUUUUGAUUUAUUAAGAUGUUUAUUAUAAUUUAUAGUUAUUCAUACAUCAUUAUUUUCCUUUCGUUAAUUUUACAAUUCUUCGUUAAAUUUUAGUUUUUAACAGAUGUUAAUUAAAUUGUAAUUUUUGUCAUCACAUGUUUUUACUAUUCUAUUCUAUUUUUGUAUUUAUUUGUAUACAAAUUAUAAAUGCAGAGGUUGCGAAAGAAAAAUUGAGAUUAAAAUGCUGUAAUAAAUAUAUAUGGAGUUACUUGAGAUAUUAUGUAGGAAUGGCACCAAUAAUUUAGAUUGUAGUUUGUAUCAGUUGAGUGUUCAGUUUAUUUUGUGUGAACUCUCAUAAGCCCCAAUAGGGACUCAGUACCUACUGUUAUAAUACAUUUGGAUUUUACAAUAUGAUUAUUUUAAAAGAGAUACAGUUAUGUAAAUGUAUUUUUUUUUUGUAUUGAAUUGCCUAAGAUGAGCGUUAUAUUAAUCUAAGUAAAAUAGAUAACUGUAAUUUCGGUGAUAUAUCGUACUUAGAAAUGUCUAAAUAGUUUGUGAUACACGAGUAGGUAUUAACACAAGAGACGGUCAAAGGUAUUUGACUUAGUUCAGGGCCCUCAAAGGAUAUUGAAAUGUCUUAUUACCAUUAAAUAUUAUAUAUACAUGAGUUCUUAAGCACAUAGACCACUUAAUAUUAAAUUUAUGCUUCUUUAUUUUCUCCUUGAAAUCAAGAAUAUCGUUCUUAAAUAAUUUAUUUUGGAAAUUUUAUUGUAAAAUAAAAGUUGAUUAUCUGAAAUACGUCACAUUUUGACAAUUUUCAUUGUGUAGGUUUCCUUUAAGUUCAACUUUUUAUAAUAUUUGAAUAAAUCAUUAUAAAAAAAAAAAAUCGAUUCUGGGUGUAACCAAUAAACAUUUAACAAUUUUAUUACUUUUGAAUUUCCCUAUCAUUCGUUGCUUAAAUGGUAGUACUAAUAAUUUCUAAAUUAAGUUAAGUCCAUUCAAUAUUGGUUAUAUUUGAUUUGAAGUGAGUCUCAACACUACAAGUUAAGAAUUUCGAAAAUAUUUCAAAUUAAUUACCACCAGAUUCAUGUUUCACAUCUAUGCUUAAUGCGGAAAAAAUUUAAGCGGUUACAAUAACUAAAAAAUGGUUUUCCAAAAUUGAUGAAAAGGUAAAUACAUCUACGUUCCCCACAAACACUACACUCAGAAUCUUAAAAUAUAUACAUAUAUAAUUCUGUCCAAGAGUUCUUAUAUUUUACAAUUUCUAAUACAAUAAUAAUUGUCAAUUACCUAUAUAAAAUUACAAAGAGUAGGUAUCCGAGUUUGCAAUAAAAAUUUGUCUGAUAUUUUUACUACCUAUAUAAAUCUUUCGUUAAGUCUUCAAGACUUCAACGCUAACUCCUCUGAAUUGCACAUGCUAUUUGCAGCUAUCAGUGUGCAUUAAUGUUUUGUUUAAUUCGUGUUAUUCUAAUUUUAUUUAUAAAACAUAGUUAAAUCUCCAGUCGUAUUUAACUUAAUAACUUAAUUUAUUAAGUUAUUUAAUUUUGUAACUAACCAUUCCAGUCUUUUAAUUGGCUGCAAUAUUCACGUCCAACAUUUGUAUAAGUUGUGUAUUAUAAUUAUUACAAAUUAUGGUAGAAACGCUAAUGAGUAAUACGUUUAUAUGAAAAAUGAUGUUCAUAUAAUGUAUACUAUAUUUAUAGUACAUAUUAUUUAUUCAUUUGAUAUUUUACUCAGUAAAAAUUGUUCAAUAAUUUUAAUAUUUUAUUGAAUAUAUAUUAUAGUAUUAUUGAUACCUAAAUAUACCUUUUUUUUAUAAUAAUUUUUUAAAUAAUUACCAAGUGUUUUCAUUUAUUGAAAUUUUUUUAAAUUUUUUGCAGAGAUUCCUCGUCAAAACAGAGAGGAGUGGCAAUGUCUACGUCCACGUUCAAGUAAUAACCAAUAAUUUGAUUAUAAUAAUAAUAAAAUUAUAUGUAUGUUUUAUUAAUUUUAUUCGGGUAGGUAUAUAUUAUAAAAUAAUAGAUAGUUUUUAAUCAAGCUAAUUGAGUUACCUACUCUGCAUUAACAAAGAAUAUUAAAAUAAAAAUAAAAAUGUACAGUCAUGAACUUUUUCCAGUUAAUUAUAAUAAAUAGAUAGGUCCGUAUUCAAUAAAUGUAUAGAUAAUCCAUAUCUGCUGUAUACGAUAGAUUAUAAAACUUUAAACAUAAGAUUAUUUUAAUGCAUUGUCUGUACAAAUAUGAUGGGGUCACAUACCAAUUAUUAUUUCUUCUGGCUAUUCAGUUAAUCGUUUUAUUGUUUAAGAUUGUAAAACUCGAUUUACUGUAGAAAUAAUAAUACUAAUAUUUAUAACAUCAAUUGCUUCUUUUUUUUUUUAACUAUCUAAAAUCGAGUCAUAAUAAGUUUUAUUAGUGUUUAUGCUGUUUUAUCAUUAAAAACUUAACAAAUUAUUCGUUAUAGAUGAUUUUUUUUCUACGUUUAUUCAAGCGGAAUUAUAUUUAUAUAGGGGAGGAUGAUAAUUAAAAAAAAAAAAUGAUUUAUGAUAAAUAUUCAAUUCUAUAUAGGUUAGUAUUGUAAAAGUUAUACAUGAUUCAGACUUCAAAAUCUAAUAAUUUUUUCAUUAUAUAAGUAAAAGAUAAAUAUAGUUAAAAGGACUCCCUUUUUGUCAAUAUUUAAAUUUUAAAAGAUAUUGGUACAACAAAUAUUUUAUUUUAUACGUAAACAAAGUUAUUUUAAGUUUUUUUUUCAAUUUCAUAUUUAGUAUAAAUUAUUUUUAAUUUACAUUUUAAAUACUAGUUUAACAAUUAUUAUAGAUACUAUGUAAUAUACUUCAAGAAUUUAUAAAUUUGUUAAACUACGUUUCCCCGAAAAAUGACACAUCUUUUUUACUUGUGUAAUUCCAAAAACUGUUUAAAAUUAUAUAGUUGUAGGUUUAUAAUAUAGUAUGUUAAAUUAAGUAAUUUUGAUUUAUUUAAUUUAUUCAUUAAGGUACCUCGUUCUAUUAGACUUCUACUUAAAUUGUUUAAUAGUAAAGUCAAGUUCAAUAACCCUGUAUCAAUUUGAGAUUUUAGCCAUGUGAUUUUCAGUAUAUAUACAAAAAGCUUUUGAUAGAAUUCUCACAUAAAUAUUUUUUUUAACGAAAUAUAACGUGGGGACAGGAAAAAUACUGUAAUAUGAGUAUCUAUAUAGAUCAAGUAUAUACCUAUCUAUACUCGAUAUCAACAUUUUACAUUUUAAGUAUUUAAAUUUGAAUUAUUAAAUAACUAUACUCAAAUAAGUACAUGGAAAUCAAUUAUAAUAAUAAUAUAAUUAUUGUUAUUAAUAAUUAAUAUAAUGAUUAUACCUAUUAACUUUGAUUAUGUAUGUACAGUAUACCACAGUUUAGUUUUUAAAAACUUUAAACUUCAAAUGUUACAAAUAGAAAAAAAAAUGUAAUAUCAUGAUAAACUUUUUAUUUUUUCAUCUGCAGUACUUUUGUAUUAAAUUUUAAGUUUUUUUAUGGAGUAAAAGAAAUAUCCACAAAAACUCGAACAAUUUCAAAAAGCCAUUACCAUCUUUAUAGCGUGUACAUACUGUCAAAUUUACUUUGAAAAAAAAAAUAUUUCGAAGUACCUAACUAGUGACAUUUUUGGUAAUAACAAUUUUAUGAAAUACUUGAUAGAUCUAUCACCUAUCACCUAGACUAAAUACCCCAAAAAAAUAUCGAAAUUCGAUACUCAAUACUCAAUAUUUUCCAGAACUCUAUUAUGAUACAAGAUAUACAAUAUUGUAUCUAAGAUACGCGUAUUUAUUGAUACUUUUCAAUAUAUAUACUUGUUUCGAAUACACUGCACGACUGUGCAUACAUUUUACAUUACACAAUGCAUGCAUGGUAAAAAUGUAUAUAGUAUAAUGAGUACCUAAGUAAUAUAUUACAAUAUAAAUGUUUAAUCGAUUUCAUUGCUAAAAACUGUAGCAAAGUAAUAAACAUUUAAGAUAAUUAUUAUAACAUAGCUUUUUUAUUCGAAAUUUUGUAUACAAUAUAUUAUGUAAAAACUCAUUUCUUUGUUAUAACUGUAUAGUGCAUAACUAAAGUGGACUAGCCGAAUAGAAAUUUGCAAAUACGGGUUCUAAUAAAUAUGAAUUAAAAUUAUACUUAAUUAAGUAAAUAUUUAUAGCAAUAUUAUAGGAUCCUACAUUAUUCUCAAAAGAAUUUAAUGUUCCCGUUUCGAAUAAUCAUUUUAUUUAUUUAUGGGUACCUGGUAACUGUAAAUAGUUUUACAUAUUAUGAUAGGAAGUAUUUAUUAAACAGGGCUCUAUAAUAAAAGUAAGGAAUAGUUCCCCUACUAGUAAAAUAAUUCAUUGACAUAAAAUAUGAUUUAACUUAUUCGUCGACAAAAUAUGCGUAGGUUAUUAUUUUAUGUAAGGUUCUACAAUUAUUAAUAUUCAUUGAAUCUAAUCGUUCAUUACAUACAUUAUAGUAUUAUACAAUAACAUAUUAUUUAAAAUACCAACAACAACACUGAAUUGUUCCAAAACGGUUAAAAUAUUUAAAGAUAAUUUUUAGUAAAUAAAUAAAAAAACAAGAUACAGAAGAACUAGAACAGGUAUUAUAGGUAUCUACAAAAAAUAGUUAUAUUAAAAUCAAUAAACGUGACAAAGAAAGGCAGUAACUUGUUACAAAGUUACAAACAUCAGUAACUUUAUCACUUGUAAGUUACUUUUCGUUUUCUUGUAAUUUGUAACUUAACGAGUUACUUUUCAGUGAAAUUAAAAAAAUUACUAGUUAGUUUUUAUUAUUUUGUCACCGAUAUCUUGCCACUUCGAAUUUACGAAUUAUUAUCAUAUUUCAUGCAACAAUCCAGUCCAGUGCCCAUGUUGAACGAUUAUUUAGUAUUGGGGGCUUAUUGUUUGAUGACCGGAAAAACCCACGGCUGAUUAAACGUAACCAAAUAUUAAUAUUAAAAUUAAAAAAAUACUUUCAAUAAAAAAAUAUUUAAAAAGUCACUAUUAUAACUUAUACAAUUUUUACGAAUAACUAUUAUAACUACUACCUAGCAAUUAAAAAAUAAAACCAAUUUAAAAAGUAACUUUAAUUUGUGACUUCGUAACUUGUCAUUUUUUUAAUAGUAACUAGUAACUAUAACUUUUUCAGUUACUAAAAUUGAGUAACUUGCCUAAAUCUGAAAAGCGGGUUUUAAACGUUUCUAAUUAUUUAGCUAUAAUAAAUAUUUGCUUUAAUUGAAUUUAACGAAUUAUCUCUAUUUUAUUUUAGGGAGAUCUUGCCCAGCAAGAUAAAAGAGCCAUAUUUCUCACUGUUCAUGACUUGGGAUGCAAUCGUAAGUUGAAUCUAAUUUCAUUAAAUAUAUUUUUAUUAAGGAUUAUAAUAAACUUCAUACCAACACUAUGUAUAUAUACUUUAAAUUAAAAUGUGUUUCGUUAAAUUGUUGCACGUUUAUAUUUUAUGUGUACAUUUUACUCUCAAUUACUCAAUCAAAAAAAUUAAUUUCAACUGUGAUUUCGACACUUAAACUUUUUUGAAAACAUAAGGUACAAUUUUCAGAUACCUAUCUAAAAUAAGUGUUUAUAUAAUACAUUUUUGAGUAAUAUUUUAACUAUUUCUAUGGGUAAUAAAAAUUUAAAAUUGUUAUUUUAGAUAUCGUUUUUGAGAAUUUUGUCAACCAGCCAUGCAUGAGUGAAAUAAAAGACCGAUCGAUUUUUGUGCAUAUUGAUGUGCCCGGUCAUGAAGAAAACGCUGAUACUCUACCGGAUUCGUAAGAGUUAUCACAAACAUUAGCCUAUUUUUAGUUACAAAACUUCAAUAAUCACUUUUUUUUAUUUAAAGGUUUCAGUUUCCAACGUUGCAAGUGCUUGGUGAAGAUUUAGUUGCCGUUUUGGAUACAUUGCAUAUUCGUUAUGUUAUCGGGCUUGGAGAAGGAGCUGGCGCUAAUGUCGUAGCUAGGUUUGGUUUGGCACAUCCCUCGCGCGUCUUAGGACUAAUACUCAUAAACUGUACUGGAUCGGCUACAUCGGUGAAAGAAAAUUUCAGAUCAAAAGUGAGUAUACUAAUACAGUUUACUUUACCUUUUGUGUAUAAUUUAUAUGUUUUAUAUAUUUAUGCUAAACAAUUAUUUUAGUUUGUUAACUGGAAAGGAAAGUCGACCGUGAGUCAAUCGGCAAUGGAUUAUUUAGUGUUCCACAAAUUUGGGCAUGUAAGUUUGAUACGGCUCUGAGCGCCACAUCGUCCCCUCAACCGUACAUACGGCCAUUUCAUCCGGGACGUUAGACUGUUCAAGUCCUGCGGAAAUAGUGUUAGAAGUUACGUACUGGGUAGCUCAGUGAUAGAGCAAUCACCUGCAGGUGAGACUUGGGUUCGAUUUUCGAUUCCCAAUCCGACUGCCUAAUUCUUAGCACUAUUUUCUGGACGAGAACGGCCACGUCAAAUUGAUACGUACUUAUACCUACCUAGUUGGUAUCAUUUUUUUAGUCAUUAAUAUAAAAUAUUUAUUUUAAAAUAUUACAGCAACUUAUGAACGAGACAAAUCCGGAUAAAGAGUUAGUUAUAAAUGAGUUUGUAAAACGACUUCAAGGCACUAUAAAUUCUAAGAAUCUCAAACAAUACGUUAACGCAUUUCUCAGGUAAAUAUGAUAAAUUAACCAUACAAGCACUUUGUUGUAUGUGCGUACCAAUUGGUAGGUAAGAAAAAAUAAAUUAUUUUAUUUUACUAUUUAUUAAAGCCGAAAAGAUCUGAUGCUUAAAGAAUACAAACAAGACAUAUUGUUGGUGACCGGAGUAUUGGGUUCUUAUGCUAACGUUGUCGAAAAAUUGCACCGUGACUUAAACAAACACAAGGCUACAUUGUUGAAGAUUGAGAGGGCUGGAGAUGUUUUAGCAGAGGCGGUAAGUUAACGGUUAUUUUAUAUUUAAAAUCCUUCCCAUUCUCAAACAAAAAAAGAGGGCAGAUAGAAAAAGAAACUUCACCAGUAGAUAAACAAUGUUGAGAUCUAUAUAGAUAAAUUUAUCCAGAAAAUAUGGAUUAAAUCCAAAGUAUCUAAGAUGCCACCAUAGACAAAUAUUUUUUUUAUUCAAAUUGAAGAAUACAUUUUUUUAAACUUAGUUUUUUUUAAUAAAUAAUGAUAUUUUUUGGAACGAUGAAAUUAAUUUCUUGUUUAAUGUAGAAAAUUUGGGUUUUCAUUGUUUUUGAAGAUAAAUAUAACGGGACAAACGUAGGUACCUAUUUUUAAGAACUACUACAAUUACCUACUAUUUGAUAUAGUUUUUUUUUUUUACAAAUAAAAAUAAAUUAUAUUAAUUCAAAUAGGUUUACUUAAUAUUUAUAUCUUAUAUUGAUAAUAUAGUUUUAAUAUUAAUUUGUACACACUAAUGCAAAAUGGUACAACGAGAGAUGUAACUACUAAACAUGUGAUAUUCUUCAUAUUUUUGUGUGAGAGAAAUCAAUAUUUAAAUUUAUUUUUAUUUAUUUCUGUUGUGAAAAAAUGCGUAUUCUUUUUUUUAAUCGGGAUAAUCUGUAUUCAUACUUUUACGCUCUCUUUUAUUUAGAUAAACUAUUUAUACUUAUUUAUCUAUUAUAUUAUCUUUUUGUAUGGAUCAAUUUUAGUUUCAUCAUAUUUAUCUUUAUCUAUAGAUAAACAAAUUGGUAUAACUUUACUGGGAUCAACAUAAGCAGUAAAUUAAUAAAAUACAUUUAGAAAUUCAAUAUAAUGAAGGCUUGAAGAACCUAAUAAACACAAAGGAAAAGUUCACAAUAUUAUAAUAGCGUUAUUGCUUUUUAGUGGCUUGUGAAAUUAUCUUGAUGACCUUAAAAAAAAUGAUCCUAUGUAUGAAAAUUUGAAGUAAUUAAAAAAAAAACCAUGAUGAUAACAUAAUAGUAAAUAUUACAAAAUCAAAUAUUUUACCCACCAAUUCGUUUAAAUCUGAGAUUCGUAACUUACCCAGUCAUUUGGUUAACUAUAAUUAAUACUUAGAAAAAUAUGCAAAUAAUCCAUACGAAUAUAAUAUUAUUAACAAUCGUUUAUCACCGUUAGCUUCAUAGCUCGUAUAUAUAGGUGUAAACUGUAGUAGGCGAGGAGGAGCAACUGCUCCUCGUUCAAAAUUAAACGGGGUAAUGUCCCCUUCGACGUGUCUACAGUUACCCAGCAAAAGAGCGCGCCAUGAUCUGACGAAAGUCGAGAACCACUGAAACCCGAUAAACGGGCUGUGAAAUACCAUACAAUUUAUUGGGCACUGCUACGCUAACGAACAAUAAUAUAUGGGUAUACCAACAGGACAAAAACGUUUUUCGUAACUCUGUAGUCAACUGAUCGAGUACCGCUUGGUAUGAAGUAAAUCUAUAGGUAAACUAAACCCAAGGUUAUACACUAUUAAUCAAGAAAGUCCGAGUAAAACCGUUAUUUUACAAAUUGAAAAAACUUUUUUAAAUUUUUUUUACAUUCCAAAAAUUGGUUAAAUCAUUAUUGAUUUUUCCUUCUAUUUUUCUAUUUCUUUUUAGUUCCUAUACGUUCUUAUCCCUAUCUAUGUUUUUCAUCACUUGUUUCAUGAAAGGUGUUUAGGCCUUCCCCUUUCAGGUUUGCCUUCAGUUUUUCCCUCCAUUAUCGUAGUUAUCUAUGAGCUAUUUCUUAUAGAUAUCCAAUCUAUGUUUUAGGAAUUCUUCUAAAAACCUCAAUAUUUCUUACUUUUCUGUCUAUAUAAUUUUUAACGUAAUUUACACAAUUUUAAUUUUAAUAAUUUACUGGUUAUAUAAAUUUAAUAAUUUUAUUGGUAUAUUCAUUAAUCAUAUACCUAUAUUUUAAAGUUUUUAGGUGUACUGAAAUGAAAUAAACUUUGCUUCCACCCUACUCAUACAAAUUACCCAAGUUACGUUCAUGCUCGUAUACCUGCCUGUUGUUUAUAAAGCUUGUUUUCGUUUUGUUUUUUAUAGCCGGCGAAAAUGGCGCAGAGCAUUUUGUUGUUCUGCAAGGGGCAGGGUUUGCUUACUUCGGUCACGUUGCCGGGCAUCGAGAGACAGCGCACGUUUUCCGGAAGUUCAUCCGAGGGCGAGCGUCCGAGACGCAGCUUGUCUCGCGGCAUGAGCAUGGAAGACUACGACAGACCAAAUAUUCGGCGAUUGUCCAUAUCUGUCAACGAAAACCUUCCGUCUCCAAAAUAAAGACUAAGCGAACGACCCCACACACAUAUAACACGUUUGGCUAAACCUAUUGAUCUGACUACAUAAUUACACAGUUUGAAUAUAAAUUAAAAAUACAAAAUACAAAAUCUAGUCAUUAACUUCUACUAUAUACUAUUACUACUUCUUUUUAUCGUAUAAUACAUUAAUCUUGCAUAAAUUAGUUCCUCUAGUUGCCCAAAAAUUUUUCUUGUCCAUCAAAAAAAUAAUUUAUAAUAUUAAAAUAUAUACUUAUUUAAUAUUUAUACUUCUAAUAUGUGUCGCCAAUCGACAUAUUAUAAUAAAGUAUAUUUUGUCCCUGGAUUCCGCCCACAUAUCAGUAUUAAAAAAAAAAAAAACCACUAACAUACACACACACACUAAAUGAAAAUGGGUUCUUUUUUUUCCGUUUAACUUUAUGGAAUGUGUUCCUACAAUGACAAUACACGAGCUAUUCGAGUCGAGAAGAAUAUCAUUUUUCGGCCAUUUUUAAAAAUGAAAAUUAGUAAAAGAUCGACCGACUAGCAAUGAAAAUAAUAUUAUGUUACUAUUAUUGUUAUCGACAGUCACAGUAGAGACAACAGUUUGAAUUUUUUUUUUUCUAACAAUAUUAUUGUGAUUUCACAUCAUUUCAUGCCAAAGUAAUAUUAUUGUAAUUUUUUUUUUUUCAUUAAUUGUUGACAAAAUUUGUGCUAAAUGCAUUUAAAUUGUGUAUUCGUAUAUGUUUAUUUUAGCCACGGGCGAGAAAGCCAUAUUUUUCACAUUUUUUUAUAUUGUAUAAUUUUGUUAAGACAAAAUAAUAAUAUUAUAAAUAUAGCGGUAUAUCAUCAUCAUAAUAUUAUUAUCAUAUUAUUGUUCAUCAAGAGACUGAAAUUCAGUUUUCGCUCGAUUAUAAAUUGAUAAUAUUCUGCUCUCUAUAUAGAAACGCAUCAUUUAUAUAUUAUUAAUUUUAUAUACAUAUUAUAUACCUAUAUGUAGACGCUUUUUUAAAAACGACAUCCAUUAGACGCUCGAUGGCGGCGGCUGAGAGCACUAAAUUAAGUGCAAAACUAUAAUAUAAUAUUAUAUACAUUAAAAAAAAAAAAAAAAAAAAUUAUAAAUACACAAAGGUUUAUACAUGGAUAUUUUUUAAAUACCUAUUUAUAAUAUUAUAUAUAAUACGGUUUAUAAAAGAAAUAACUUAGACGUUUCGUCGUUAUAUAUUAUUAUAAUAAAUAUAUGUUUAUUACGAUAAUUUUUGUUCGUAGUCUUUAAGCUUUUUACACCGGUAGUUGUUAUAAUAAUAAUAAUAAUUGUUGCUAAGCUUUGUAAUAACAUUAUUACGAAAUAAUAAUAUAUUAUAUUACGUAGGCGUACAUAAUAUUAUAAUAUACAUACUAUACAUAUACAUAAAACAAAUAUAUAUA